CUUUGUACUACGGUAAAACAUGGACGCUACAUCUAAGAGCUGCUUGUGUGGUUUGUUGGAAUAACUUACUGUCUUUCUGGGUCUGUAUUACAUCUAUACUCAUAAUGAUUACUCCCGCAUUUGACCUGAGCCAAGAUCCUGAGUACCUGAUCCUCAACAUCCGUGUGCCCUACACCAGAACAUCAGAGUUUGACCUGUACAUUGAUGGAACUGAUUUCAAGUUCUAUGCGAAGCCCUACUUUCUUAGAUUAACUCUUCCUGGAAGAAUAGUGGAGGAUGGGAGAGAAAAGGCCAAAUUUGACAUUGAUAAAGGUCUUUUCACUCUUUGGGUCCCUAAGGAGACAGCUGGGGAACACUUUGAAGGUCUUCAGAUGCUGACAAGUCUCCUCGCCCCAAAAGGCUCCCGCUCAGCAAAACCACUGGUAGAGGAUGUAAGCACAGGAUGCAGUGAAAGUGUAGGAGAUGAUAAGGAGGAAGAUGAAGAAGAAUUUGACUGGCAGGUUGAGCAGGAGGUGUACAUGGAGAGCUCUGAGGAGGAGCUGAGAUCCCUGCAGAAAUAUGGCUUUGGCAAUCAGCGGUCUGGAGUGUUUGCCAGAUUACAGGAGGAACUCAGUGAUGUGAUUGACAUCAAGAACCCAGAAGGAACAACAGCAGCAGAGAGGAGGCAGGCAAGGCUGGAAGCAGAGUCAUCAGCGUUUUCACCUGACCACUACCUGGCUGAUUUGUUUGAGGAUGAUGAAAUACAGCGACUUCUGAAGUUCAGACCAUGGUGGAAACAACUGAGUACUUCCACAGAGGAGGAGGGAGAGGCUGCUGUGUCAUUCACCGACGACGAGAAGGAGCAGCUGAGAAAAUUCACCAACUGCUCCUACCUGCUGGACAAGGCGUCCCGCCGCCAAGCGUGGCUCAGCCUCAUAGACAUCCUGCUGGCUUAUUGCUAUGAAGUGCGCUCCACGGAGGGAGAGCACAAUGUGGAGUCACCGUGGACAAUCAGAAAACUUAGCGGGACUCUGUGCUGGCUGGAGACAUACAGCUCCUUGAUAGAGGUCCUAGUGUCAUUCGGACGAAGGGUUUUGUGCUACCCACUCUACAGGCACUUUACAUUGGUCUCUGCUGCUGUUCGUGACACAAUUAAGAUCUUGCAAUCAGGGAGAGCCUGUGUCCUCAAAUGCCUGCUGAAUAUUCACAAAGUCUUCAGAGAGAACGAUCCGGCCUACAUACUGAACGAUCUGUACAUCACAGACUACUGCAUCUGGAUCCAGAAGGUCAAGUCCAAAAAGGUGACAGCCUUUGCUGCAAUGUUACAGAAAGCCUCUCUGCAGAAAAACUUGGGUCUGGAGCUUGAGGAGCUGGAGGAGGCAGCGACAAUGGUGGCGGAGGAAGAAGGAGAUAAAGAGCGGGGAGCUUCUAAGAGCGCUCCAGCAUCCCGCGGUGACAGCAGCAGCGCUUCCAGUGACAGCAGCUGCAGCAGCAGCAGCAGCAGCUCGUCCGAUGAGAGCGAGGAGUCUGAGGCUGAAGGGCAAGGCUGCACGGAAUCCAACAAGGGGGGAGGAGGAGGGGGAGGAGGAGGAGAGACGCGUAAGGACAACCCUCUCCAGACCCAUCCCACCUUCGCUGCCUCUCCCAUCCCUCAGGAGCCAACGAGCACGCUCCCCUCAGCGGGGAGGAACAUGGACGCCCUCCCCUCAGCUUCAGAAGGCACCAGACAGCUGAUCCAGGAGCUGGGGGAGCGGGUGGUGGAGGAGCUGAGAAUCUCUCAAGUCUCCCGCUACAAAGCAAUGAGAGACAAUUCACAGCUGAGCAGCGAAGGAGCAAAGACUGAAGAAAUGUCUGGGAGGAGCAGCAGUGCGACUCUGUUAGAGCCAAGUCCUCGCAGGAACCCUCUGCUCAUCGUCCAAACGGAGGACGAUCCUGAUGAGAGAGACUUCAUCAGCUGAUAGAAAGUGAAACUUGAUGAACUGAAAUGAACUGUUAACUCAAGUGUAAGUGAUGUAAAGAAAUGUUUUGUCUUUUAAUGUUUUUCUGUGUAUUUUGGUAAUUUUUAAAUGCCUCUGCUUUGCUGUGAUAUGAGGCUGAGAUAUGAGAUUUGUGCUUUAACCCUCUUCUAAAGGACCUUAUUUUCCAUCUGGAAUUAUAUUUUCGUCAUUAAUGCACAUACUAAGCCUCAUUAAAAUCCUUAUUUCAUAUUUCUGUGGUUGGUUAAUGAGCAUGUGUGAUCUUUAGUUUUCGUCAUUUCGUUAGAAGAGGCAGCCCAGUCUUCUUCUUCUGUCUUUCCUCAUGUUACCUGACUUUUUUUUUUUUUUUAUUUCUGCUGCUCUUUAUCCAAGUUGCCUACUUGAUAUACAGCUGCAUUUUUAAUCUCUGAACAUACUGUGUAUGAUUUUAUAUGAAUUAUUUCUGCUCCUUUUUAAUUAUUCGAAGUAAUUCAGCAACAUCUGUGAACUUCUUGACCACCCAUAUAUAUUCCCUUACCCAUAUUGACAAAUUAAAUCUGUACAUCCAUGUUGGUCUCGAAUAAACGACACAGGAAUGUCACUCCAGGAACUAGACAAAGGUUUGUCAUCAUUCAUCACUGUAUAUCACUCAGCCGAGGUGCCUGGCGUAGCUACCGUGAGAGAGCUAUUCUUUUCCUAAUAAAUAGUAGGAAAAGCACUAACCCCUUCCUUAAA